AUGGAUUCCCCUGCCAUACCUGAAAACUGUGAGGCGUCCGGGGCAAGCAGUAUCUGCGUCAGCGAUGGCAUGAUGCCGGGAGGUAGCUUGGAGUGGGGUCCGCAGAAUUCGCGCGUACGCCUGAAGAGGACGGCCAGUUCGGAAGCGUUGGAUGCGCGUCAGCCGUCUCGCAGCAAGGCCCCGUGGUCUUUGAUGGAAGAGGCAACUUUGGCCAUGCGCCACGCGCAGCUGGGGAAUAGGUAUGCAGUUCCGUUAUUGGAGUCUGCCGGCUUCGCUCGGAACAACUCGUUGUUUUUUGCGCAGGUGGGCUGCAAUAGCAAAGUUUUUACCUGGAAGAACAGCGCCUUUGUGAACUUUCUAGACUCCCGCAGGUGGCACAGCACGCUCCGCGCGAAAAGCUGCCGCCGAAGCUCGCUGCUGUACACGUACACGCGUGUUGUACGAGAUUGCUGUGAUGACUCGCAGGCUCGCAAGGCAGCGUUUGAGAAAGCGCAGCAGCUCUGCACGGACUCCAGCCCGGGGCAAAUCCUGCCUGAUGCUAACGAAGCCGCCGGAGCAGCUACUGCGCCGCAACAGCCAGUACAGCCGCCGGUGCAGGUGCACCCACCGCCGGCGCCGCUGCCGCUGCCGCGCGGCGCGGUUCAUACCAGCAGCGGCAUUGCGGUACCGUUGGACGCUGAACAGCAGGCACUAGCGGCGGCGGCGGCGCCGUCGCCGUGGCAUGCAGGUACGGCAGUUACGAUCCUAGAUCCUUUCUCGGCCGAUCCGUCAGCUUCUUUCAGGACGGAUUAUAUUGACACCAGCAGCAGCAGCGCCACCGGGAUAUGGCCACGAGAGUAUAACGCUGCGUCCAUUGCGAGAGUCGCCGCUGGCGUGUUCACGCCCGGCAGCGGCGGCGUCGGUGGCGGAACGCCGCUCACUCGGCUUGGCAACGCCCCAGGCUCUGGCAGUGCUUUGUGGCUUGGCGUUGCGGGGGACGGCAGUGCCUGUAUCUCCCAACCGCAGCCCCAAAACCACAUGCUGAUGCGGACGGUUUCCGUACAGCCUGGACGGCCGCUGUCGUACGGCGUCGAACAGGCGGCAGCGGCGAUGCCGGCGCUUGGCGGUGGCUGCGGCGGCCAUGGCGCCGUUUUCACCACGGUUGACGUUGGCGUAGCUGGCACCGCUGCCGCUGCCGGCGACCUCACUUGUAUCAACAGCACGAUGAGUGGCAACAGCACCACUUGCGUCGCGCGGCUCGCGCAGCUCGUCCUCUCUGUCGAUGCUGCGGCGGCACCGUCAUUGCCACACGCACAGCAACAACAGCAGCUCCAGCAAGAUUUCCAACUGCAAUCCCAACAGCAACAGCAGCAAGCAGGUUGUGGGGCGUCUGUCAGCGGCCCCGGCGGGGGAGCCGGCGGCCUGGUCGGCAGCGGCUCUUUCCAUGGGAGUGCAGGUACUCACCCCUUAUCUUUGGAUAGCGGCAUGGCGGCGGGGGUGGUAGGGAGCGUGACGGCCAGCGGCGUGGAGUGCAUGGUCCCGGGGUAUCCAAGCACCUUGGGCGGCUGCGGCGCUGGGCCGUUGAUGUCGCAUGGCCUCGGCGCCUUAUCGCAGCUGCCGUGCAUGAUGCUCAGACCUGUCGUACACCCUGGCGUCGCAGAGCAGCACGCGCCGCCGCAUGUCUUGGCCGCAGGAGCAGCAGCAGCGGCAGCGGCGCUAGGAGUAGGAGGGGUAGGGGCAGGGGGGGGAGUAGGCCAUCGAGGAGGCGGAGGAGGAGGGUUGCAACCGCCGAUGCCACUUGUGCGCGGACCGCUUCGGACGAGCAGCGACGCUGCGGUGCUCAGCGCGGCGUGGGACAGACAUACAGGCGGUUUUGGCUGUGGUGGGGGCGGCGGCGGCGGUGCCGCCGCCGCCGUUGACUCGAUGUUGCGUUUCAAGCUGGGAUUGACGGCGGCCGAUCAGGCAGCGGCGGCGGCGGCGACGACGGUGGCUGGAGGGGGAGGCAUGCGGGGUGGGCUCUUGGCGCGAGUUAACGGCAGCAGCGGCGAUGGCGGCGGCAGCGGCGGCUGCUUUGGAGGCCUUGAAAGGCAGCUCGGAGGUGGCGGGUCUUUGUCCGCGCCGCCGUCCACCGUAGGACCGUUUCUGACAACUGACGGCGCAUUUGGUACGGCAGUACGACACCAAAUGCAGCUGCUCCGAAGCCCGAACGUGGGUGACGAAGUAAAAGGGGGGGCCCAAAUGUGGAUUUCUUUGGGGGGCCGGGUGCCGUACAGUUGGAAAAUAAGCCCGACAGGGAAAUGGAAUCCGAAGAAGCGGCUGGGGAGACGGGUGGCGGCGGUGGCGGCGGCGGCGGCGGCGGCAAUGGGAACGCAUCGGAAGCGGCUGGUUGCGAAAAACGAGUUGCUGACUAAAGCUGCCAAUCCCCAAAGCCCAAGUCCAAAGAAGGCAGAAGGCGAAAAAGCGGAGAAAAAAAACUACCUAGCCGCCGAGAUGGAAGGAAAGUCUUGA